AUGACAUCGAGUAAUACAUCUAAAUCAUUUGCAUCAGUAGCUGCUAGUGCUAAAGGAACAUCAGAAUCAGGUCAAACGAAUGAUACAGGAUUUAAAACAAGACAGAGACCUGAUGCAAUUAGAAAUUCGAAUAUUGUUGCUGCUAAAGCGGUAGCUGAUGCUGUACGAACAAGUUUAGGACCACGUGGUAUGGAUAAAAUGAUUCAAACGGGUAAUGGUGAAGUAACAAUUACUAAUGAUGGUGCAACUAUACUUAAACAAAUGUCUGUUAUUCAUCCUGCUUCAAAAAUGUUAGUUGAAUUAUCUAAAGCACAAGAUAUUGAAGCAGGUGAUGGAACAACAACAGUUGUUGUCAUUGCUGGUAGUUUGCUUGAUGCAGCUAGUCGUCUUGUAGCUAAAGGUAUUCAUCCAACAACUAUAGCUGAAGCAUUUGAAAAAGCAGCAGAAAAAUCAACAGAAAUUUUGAGAGAUAUUAGUAUACCUAUACAACUUAGUGACAAUAAAUCUUUAUUACAAAGUGCUUCGACUGCAUUGAAUUCAAAAGUCGUUUCACAACAUACUCAUCUUCUUGCUCCAAUCGCUGUUCAAGCUGUGCUUAGAGUAAUUAAUCCAACUGUUGAUAAGAAUGUUGAUCUUCGUGAUAUUCGCAUUAUUAAAAAACUCGGAGGUACUAUUGAAGAUACAGAAUUAGUCGAAGGUCUUAUUCUCGAUCAAAAAACUAUUGGUUUCGGAGCACCAACUCGUAUAGAAAAAGCUAAAAUAGCUCUUAUACAAUUCUGUAUAUCACCACCAAAAACUGAUAUGGAAAAUACAGUUAUAAUUAGUGAUCAUGCACAAAUGGAUCGUGUUAUAAAAGAAGAACGUCAAUAUAUAUUAAAUAUAAUAAAACAAAUUAAAAAAACUAAUUGCAAUGUAUUACUUAUACAAAAAUCUAUAUUACGUGAUGCUAUUAGUGAUUUAGCUAUACAUUAUUUAGCAAAAAUGAAAAUAUUAAUUGUUAAAGAUGUUGAAAGAGAAGAUGUACCAUUUAUUGCUAAAACACUUGGUUGUAAACCAAUUGCAAGUUUAGAUCAUUUUCAACAAGAUAUGUUAGGAUCAGCAGAUCUUGUGGAAGAAAUUACAGCUGGUUCAGAUAAAAUUGUUAAGAUUAUGGGUGUUGCUCACCCAGGUCAUACAGUAUCAAUUUUAUUACGUGGUUCCAAUAAAUUAAUGCUUGAAGAAGCUGGUCGUUCAAUUCAUGAUGCUCUUUGUGUUGUACGAUGUCUUGUAAAAGAACGAGCAUUAAUUGCUGGUGGAGCAGCACCUGAAAUAGAAUUAUCUGUUCGUCUAUCGGAAUAUGCACAAAGUUUAUCAGGUGUUGAUCAAUAUUGUGUACGUGCUUUUGCUGAAGCACUCGAAGUUAUUCCAUAUACAUUAGCAGAGAAUGCAGGUUUAAAUCCUAUUGCUACUGUAACUGAAUUAAGAAAUCGUCAUGCUCAAAAUGAUACUAAUGCUGGUAUCAAUGUUCGAAAAGGUCUUAUAUCAAAUAUUCUUGAAGAAAAUGUUGUUCAACCAUUGCUUGUAUCGAUGAGUGCUAUUCGUUUAGCUACUGAAACUGUUCGAUCAAUUUUAAAAAUUGAUGAUAUAAUCGAAACUAUGUAA